UAAUAUUGCAUGUCGUCGUUGGCGCAAGUGGUGGCAGCCGCCGUGCUGUCGAGGGCAUGGGUGUCUGCCAUGGCAUUGGUGAGCCACACAUUCAUCACGCCUUACGACACGUCCGCGCUAGCGCACUCCAAGUCCAUUUUCAGCGCAUUUGCAGCCUGGGACGGUGUGUACUUUGUUGACAUCGCCGGCGAAGGCUACCGCUACGAAAACACUCAUGCGUUCUUUCCGCUGUUCCCACUCCUGGUGCGUUGGACAAGUCCGCUCUUGUUGCCUGUGUUGGACAAGAACACGUCUCUGUUGGCUGCAGGUUGGCUCAUCAGCAACGUCUGCUUUGUGCUAGCGGCCGUCUACUUGUAUCGUCUUGGGCUAUUGUUGCUGAACAACGAGUCAUUAGCCAAGCGAGCAGCGUACUUCUUUUGUAUCUGUCCUUCGGGCAUCUUCAUGUCGGCGUGCUACAGCGAAAGCUUGAUGUGCGUGCUCAGCUUUAGUGGCAUGUACUGCCUGGAGCGGUACCGCACGGCCGCCCGCUCCACCAGUGGCCACAUCUACCUAUCUCUCUCCGCCUUGCUCUUUGGCCUGUCCGCCGCCACCCGUUCCAACGGCAUCCUCCAUUCUCUAUACAUUGCGUACUACCGACUUCUCACGUCGCCGCACCCGUUGCGCGCCUUUCCGCGGUUUUUCGGCUAUUGGACGUACACGGCCUUGCUUGGCGUCGUGGCCAUUGGUUUCCAGGUUGCGUACUUUGUGGUCGGCGUUGCCGCCUACUGUCCGUCCUUUGCCGCUGUCAUACAGCCCCUUCGGUCUGUCAUGGACAUGCCCAUGACGUCGGCGCUCACGCAAGACCGGCCGUGGUGUUCUCAAGUGCUGCCAAACUACUCUGCCAUGUACUUGUUCAUUCAGCGAGAAUACUGGGGCGUGGGUCCUUUUGCGUACUACCAACUCAAGCAGGUACAACCCACGCCUAUGACGUGGCACUCUCUCAAGGACGGACCGUGAUGGUGUCGUUCAAUAUCGCUAGAUCCCCAAUUUCGUCUUGGCUGGCCCCAUGAUAGCGCUGGCUGCCUACGCUGUCUACGUUGGCUGCAUCAGUCCAAAGAUUCUGUCGUUUUCGGCUGCCAGGCCAUACUUUGUCCACGUGGCUUUCUUGCUGGCGAAUGCGCUCGUGGUGGUGCACAUCCAGGUCAUCACGAGGUUCUUGGCGGCAUCCCCACCUAUCUUUUGGGCGGCAGCGUUCGUGACGACGCCCGACCCGAAGCAACCAGCGAACAGCCAGGUUCAGUCGGCGGUGGUGGUUACCCACGGCCUCGUACUGUACUUCCUCGUCUUCAACGUCGUGGGUGCGACGCUGUUUCCAUCGUUUUACCCGUGGACAUGAUGACAGCAGCAGCCGCAGCAGCACCUUGAGAUUGACGUCUAGCCAACGUUCUGGUGUCCCUGUUGAUGUUUGAACGCGAUUUGGAUACCUCGAAAACAAGUUGUCAUUGCGUCCACGACUGCUGUACUACUGGUAAAGCGAACAGCUUACGACUUAAUGGGGUCCUGUAUUCCACGUACUACAGAAGUACUUUGAAGUACUUUAGUAGUAGUUGGUGACUGGCGGCAUGACAUACAUCCCAUAUCGAACGACGAA